AUGGAGUCUUUAAAAAGUGAAAUUUCGGAUGAGACUGCAAAAAAUAAUGAUGCCACUAGUGAAGAUUCCAUCAACUCCAAAAAACCAGCCCCACAACGGCCAACAACAUUAGAUAUGAAAGCCACAACGACACAGCCAGCAGCACCACCAACAGCCAUUGCAGACGACAGCAGUCCAAAAAAAGCGACACGCGCCGACUGCUUGCGACUACUGCGUCAAUCUUUCGACGGCUACGACUACAACGGCAACGGCACGGUGGCCCAUGAGGAGGUCAUGGAAGCCUGGGCCCUCUGCCAGCAAGAGUGGAAGAUGCACCUGGAUGAAAAAAGAUGCGAGUUGGAGGCCACUAUUUUCAUGAAAGACAUAGACAAAGGAGGCGACGGACAGGUUGAUUUCGGCGAGUAUGUCAAGUAUUUCAGACAUAAGUUAAAGGUAUGUGAAGGUGGAGAGAUACAGAGAAAAAAAAUCGUGGUAGAAAUUCGCGAAUUUCAAACUCCGAUGACGACCUCAACCUUUGAAACCAUUCCACAGCAACAACAAGCGACACGCGCCGACUGCCUGCGAUUACUGCGUCAAUCUUUCGACGGCUACGACUACAACGGCAACGGCACGGUGGCCCAUGAAGAGGUCAGGGAGGCCUGGGCCCUCUGCCAGCAAGAGUGGAAGAUACCCCUUGAUGAAAAACGAUGCGAGUUGGAGGCCACUAUAUUCAUGAAAGACAUGGACGUAGAGAGAAAAAACUCGGUGACCUUCCAUGAUUACGUCAUAUAUUUCCAACACCUCUGGCGAAUGAGUCGUGGAGAGCAGGAAUAA